AUGGGGCAGGCAAUUACCAAACUAUUUGACAAAAUUUUCGGGAACCGCGAAAUGCGGGUAGUGAUGCUGGGACUAGACGCUGCUGGCAAGACCACUAUCCUUUAUAAACUCCACAUUGGCGAAGUUUUGACAACCGUGCCAACUAUAGGUUUCAACGUGGAAAAGGUGCAGUACAAAAACGUGGUCUUUACUGUAUGGGAUGUGGGCGGCCAGGAGAAGCUGAGACCGCUGUGGAGGCACUAUUUCAACAACACGGACGGCCUCAUCUUCGUCGUGGACUCCCAGGACCGGGACCGCAUCGGCAAGGCGGCGGCGGAGUUCCAGGCAAUUCUUCAAGACCCGCUGAUGCUGCACUCGGCCAUUCUCGUGUUUGCCAACAAGCAGGACAUGCGCGGCUGCCUUACCCCUCGGGAGGUGUGCGAGGCGCUGGGAUUGCCCGAGAUGCGCAACCGAAAGUGGCACGUGCAGAGCUCCGUUGCCAUCAAGGGAGAGGGGUUGUACGAAGGACUCGACUGGCUUGCAACUACGCUGAAGAGCUCGAAUGCGGGGCGCCCUGUAUCUUAA